GCGGGCCAUCCGGCGGAUCGGGAGCACAGGGGAGGGGAGCUGGAGGAGCUCGGUACGCGCAGGGCGGCCGGAGCAGCAUGGCGGAAGACGAGAGCGAUCAGGAGUCAGAGAGGCUCGGCGAGGAACUCGAGGCCAUUGCCGGGCCGCGGCUUCCCACCGGCUUGUCCCCGGCCUUGAGCAGCCAGUAUUAUUGCUACCGCUUCUGCCAGGUUGUGGAAGACUAUGCUGGAAGAUGGCAGGUUCCUCUGCCACAGCUUCAAGUGCUUCAGACAGCGCUCUGUUGUUUCACAUCUGCUUGUGUAUCAUUCCCAACUGAUUGUGAGCACGUGCAGUAUGUGCUGAGUAGUUUAGCCUUGAGUUUUUUUGAAUUGCUGCUGUUCUUUGGAAAGGAUGAAUUCUAUGAAGAUCCUUUAAAAGAUAUGCUGGGCUCAAUCCAGGAAUGUCAGAACCUCUUGAGCAGAUACGGAAGCGUUAACUUGGAGUUGGUGACUCGAAUUAUCAGAGAUGGAGGGCCUUGGGAAGAUCCUGUAUUACAAGCUGUCCUUAAAGCAAAGCCAGUUUCUCAGGAGUUGGUUAACAAAUAUUUAAGCUCUGAAAACCCACUGUUCUUUGAAUUGCGUGCCAGAUACCUUAUUGCCUGUGAACGCAUCCCAGAGGCAAUGGCUCUCAUCAAAUCUUGCAUGAAUCAUCCAGAUAUUAGUAAAGACCUUUACUUCCAUCAAGCAUUUUUCAUGUGUCUUUAUAUGUCACCACUGGAAGACCAGCUUUUUCAGGAGCACUUGCUGAGGACUGAUUGCAAGAAUGGCACUGAAAUCAUCUGCAACAUUGCAAAGGAAGGGAAGACUGCCUUAGCCUUGUACCUUUGUGAAUCAUUCCUUAUUCCACAGCUCAAAAAGGGAGAGAUGUAUUGCAUAUGGGAGCUGAUCUUUAUUUGGAGUAAACUGCAGCUUAAAUCUAAUCCAUCAAAACAAGUAUUUGUAGAGCAAUGCUACCACCUCCUAAGGAUAGCUACAAACAUAAGAGUUAUAUUCCCUUUCAUGAAAGUUAUUAGGGAUGAAGUUGGCAAAGAAGGCCUGCAGAUUUGUGUUGAGAUAUGUGGAAGUGCUCUCCAGUUGGAUCUCCGUGAUGAUCCAAAAAUGAAGUGUCUGAUAUAUAAAACCAUUGCUCACUUUUUGCCAAAUGACUUGGAGAUUGUCAGAAUAUGUGCUCUUUCUGUCUUUUUCCUUGAGCGCACCUUGGAAUCAUAUAGCACAGUUGAACAUCUGUAUAAAUGUGCGGAUGAAGAGUACAACGAUCAAACCAGUUCUGUUCAGAAUCGUGUGCGAUUUGAGCUGCUUCCAAUUUUGAAAAAGGGGUUGUUCUUUGAUCCCGAGUUCUGGAAUUUCUUGAUGAUAAAGCAGAACUGUUUAGCACUGCUAAAGGAGAAAGCAUCAGUUGAUUUGAAUAAAACUACGCCAGGGCAUUCUUCCACACAUGUUUCAAAGACACGUCGAGGAUUGCGUGGUGAUCAAGCCUGUAUAGCGGAUGUAAACAAUACAGAACUACAGCAUGAUAGCCCUUCUGGAGCACAUGAUAAUUCCAAGAAAAACCACAUAACUCUCAGUUCAUCUAAAGUCGAUCACAAUGUACCAAGGCACCGUUGUGUAUUAUGUAACAGGGAAUUUCUUGGUGGUCACAUUGUGAGGCAUGCACAAGCUCAUCAGAAAAAAGGCAGUUUUUCCUGUGUAAUGUGUCGCAGGAAAUUCAGGCAAAAAGGAAUAAUGCUCAAGCACUUAAAGAAUCACAUCAAGAAAAUGACAAGGCGUCACCUUGCUGUUACUUGUCAUGAUCAGGAGACCCCUAAUGUAAAUGAAAUAAACUGUGCCGAUACAGGUGUCACAACUGAAAAUGGGAAGUCGGAAAGCUGCAAAGACAGCAAAGUAGAGGUUGUCAUCAUACCGGAUACAAAUCAGGAGAUGCAGAAUUCUGAACUCCUAUUUGAUAUAACUGAAAAUCAUGAUAGUUGCCAGGGUACCAUUAUUGAAAAUGGUAGUUGUGAUAGCUGUUCAAAUAAUACUCCUGAACCAGAAACCAUGGGAGGAUUUCCAGAAAGUGAUAGCAACCUAAAUAAAGAGUUGCCUGUACUUCAUAAAGUAAAUGGGGUGUUGUGCCCUCAGAAUGACUUUGACAUUAUGGACCAAGCAGGUAACUUCAAGUGCCCUGCUAAUGGCUGUAUUAGAGUCUUUAAAAAGAUAAGAUUUCUGAAUAAACAUGCCCGGAAAGCUCACCCCUCUGAUUUGAAGGUGCAAGAACACAUAAUGAAGUCUAAUAAAGGAAAAUGUCGCUUCUGUCAGAGAAAGUUUUUUGAUUCUCAACAUUUUAUUGAUCAUCUAAAGCAGCAUGUUUAUCCAAAUGUUUAUUUUUGUUUACACUUUAACUGCAAUCAGAGAUUUAAGCUAUCCACAGAACUUGCGGAGCAUAUAAAAAGCCACAGUGAGUUUAAAGCUCAGUGUAACUUUGCACAGUGCGGUAAACUUUUUGAAGAUCUUUUGUUGCUGUAUGAGCAUGAAGCUCAGCAUUAUUCCAACAAAACUGGUCCUUUGGAAGAAGCUGAUGAAAACAUUUUUUCAGAUACUACUUUGGAAUCCCAGUGUAGCAUCCAGGAAAAAGAAAGUAGUAAUAGUAAAAAGGAGACUGUAAUAGACUUGCCAGUUCCAACAUGGAAAGCGAGGAAAGAUUCUACAGAACCAAAGACUUACAUUCAGAGUGAGAAGAAAAUUAAUAGUGUAAUUCCGAAUGGGAAUGAAAAUGCAUGUGAAGGUACUGCUACAGUGGUGAACUUGAUAGACCAAAAGAUACCUGCGGUAGAGCCAAAUUCAGAGAACUGUAAUGUUACUGACCAACUAGUCAAUGGGUAUGGUGAACUGGAACAGACUUCUUCAGCAUCCCUAGAUACUGAUUCAGAAAGUGUGAUUGACAAAACAAGGACAGAAAAUGGAUCCGUUCUGCCUGUUUUACAGAACUCUCCUGAUACACCACCAAACAGUGUUGCUCAGUUGCCUUCCAAACCAAAUCUGAUAACAGAAAAUACUUCAUAUGGCUUAAUUUUAACAAAGCCUUUUGUUAGACCAUUGCCACCAAGUUACCUGGAUGAGCGAUACAUUAGCAUGCCAAAACGUAGAAAAACUUUGACUGAGAAAGUAGAUACCCAUUCAGAACAAGAUAAAACUAGUAGCAAAUCGGAAAGGUUAAGAUGCAGCAAAUGCCUGACCACCUACUGUAACUCUGAAGCACUUGAGCUUCACCUUGCACAAAAGAAAUGUCGGACACUCUUUGGAUUCGAUUCAGAUGAUGAAAGUGCCUGAUCAAAUGUUGUGAGAAGAUUUCUCAGUGAAGAGUGAUGUGGUGGAGCACUACAAUAUUCUGCAUCAGUUGUCUUUCCCUUGUUGGCCUUAAUUAUAAGAAGUCUGAAGUUACUAAAGAAAAUCAUGAUCUUGCUCGCUUGGGUCAGAUCUAAGUGACUGUAGGAACUGCAGAAUUUGAGUCCAGAAAAACUGUGUUAAAGCCCCCAAAGUACCAGUAAUCUAGAAGCCACAAGGUCCUACAUGAAGUUCCAGUGUAAGUAAGUUCAAAGUGCAGUAACAUACUGAGUGGGAACUAGGGAGAAACACAAGUGGUACAUGCCUCUUUCAGAUGUGCACAGUCAAAGGAAGCCUGUCUAUAUUAUAACAACUAUUUUGAGUCAUUCUAUUAAAUGUCCGUAUGCAUAAAACCCAGUCAAUUAAAAGUUCAUCUGUUUGUA